GAGAGUGAGAGAGAGGGAAAGGGAGAGGGAGGGAGAGAGAGUGAGAGAGAUGAUCAGAAGAGAGGCAAGGGGAGGAAAAAGGGACGCAGCUUAAAGACAUCUUGUUUCCUCGAGCUUCAUAAGGAGAUCACAGUAAAGAUUACGAUGGCCUUCUUGUUGAUGUUCGUGAUGCUGCUGCAUUUGGUCACUCUGGCCAUGGUGUUCAUCGCCACUCUGGAGAAGUCCUGGUGGAUGUGGGAUGGCGAGGACCGAGCGGAUCUCUGGCACAAGUGCAUCUCUGACAACACCACAGGCACCAUGAUGUGCACCUCUGUUUCUACAAACGAUUGGUUGCAGUCAGUGCAGGCUCUUAUGGUCCUGUCCGUGAUCCUCUCCUCCAUCUCCUUUAUCGUGUUCAUUUGUCAGCUCUUCACCACGUCGAGGAAGGGCCUCUUCUACGUCAGCGGCCUUUCCCAAAUCUUUGCAGGCCUGGCGACGUUUACAGCAGUCCUGAUCUAUACUUUCCAAAGGAAAGAGAUCCUACAUGACCUUAGGGAGGGUCAUUUCGGCUACUGCUUCAUCCUGGCCUGGGUGUGUGUUCCCCUGCUGUUCUGUAGUGGAGUUCUCUAUGUCCACCUGCGCAAGAAAACACACACUGUAGCCUGAACGAAUCGAAUGCUGUGUCGCUUCGGAGUGAGUCGGUUCUUUGAAUCGACACUUUUAUGUGAACUUUGAGAAUCGAUUUGAGACUUUAAUCAAAAUCCAGUUUUGCUUUAGGCAAACAAAGAAGCAAAAGUUAUUAUAGUCAGAGUGCGUUUGCUUCUCAUCCUGGAUCCUGUACCUUUUUUUUUUUAAAUCGUGAAUAACUAUCGACUACGCAGUUUUACCAUCGUCCGAAAGAUGGCGCUGUUGUCCAGCUCUGUGACCAAACACAAUUAUUAUUCACAAAACGUACAUUUAAGUCUGUUGCACAUUUAUGCACAUUGGAAUAAAUUAUUGCAAAUUAUUAUUUGAUUUUUUUUUAAUAAUAAUAACCUUAUUUUGAUAAUUGGACUGAAAUUAACGGAAGAGUUGUUAAAUGUCACCUUUUAGUAAAAUACUACAUAUAGUUUGUGUUUUAACGUCAGUUUUUUAACAUAUAUUAACACAUUUAUUCAUUGCUACAGUAGUUCUAUUAAUAAGAGAAGCUUUCAUUUGUACACUGAACUUUUAUUUCGUUUCAUAUUGUCAGUUUUCUUUCUUGAUAUAUUUUUAUAGAAUAUAUUAUACAAAUGUUAUUAAAAGUUUUUUGUAAUUAUUA